UGGUAUCUGCUGCUGACACGCGUUUUGCAGACAUUGAGUCCCCGCCACAGUUCCACUAAAAAAACCCGUAGUAAAGUUACCAUCUGUCCCUCCUUGCAAAAACCCUACGCAUCUUCUGCCGUCACCGCCUACGUCGUCUUCCGCCGUCGCGUCUUCCGUGAAAGAGAUGGCGGAAGAAGCAGUAUUAGGGUUCCUGGAACAUAACGACGAGAUAGUGGAUUCUGGUGAGUUUGCUGUGGAGAAAGGAAUCAAUCAUGAAGAGAUUGUCAAUGUUGUUAAGAGCCUCAAUGGCUUUGGAUUCGUUGUUGCUCAGGAUAUAAAAAGAGAGAGAUGGCAAUUAACUACUGAAGGCAAAACAUAUGCUGCUAGCGGAUCUCCAGAAUAUCAACUACUAAUGGCUAUUCCACCAGAGGGUAUCUCACGAGUAGAACUGCAGAAAAAGUUAGGAGACUCUGUUUUCAAAAUAGGUUGCCAGCAAGCGACUAAAAAUAAAUGGGUCGAGAUGGGAAAGACACAGGUUUCUAGAAAGGUUGCACGUGUUGACGAUAAUGUGAAGGCUCUGCUCAUAAAGAUAAAUGACGGAGAGGCCCUCAACCAAGAGGAUAUUGAUGCUCUGAAGCGAAGAAAACUUAUUUCUCCUCAGAUAUGGAAAGGUUACUCUGUAAAAAAAGGUCCUAAUUAUGCCCCGAAAAGAAGGAAGCCUGCUACAGAUUUAACCCGAGAAAAUCUGCAAAGUGGUGAGUGGAAGGAAUUGCUGUUUAAAGAGUAUAAUUUUCUUGCAAAAGGUUUUCCUGUUGAAGGCGGUUAUCUCCAUCCAUUGCUCAAGGUAAGGCGACAAAUUCAGAUGAUUUUUCUUCAAAUGGGAUUCGAGGAAAUGCCUACAAAUAAUUACGUUGAAAGCAGUUUCUGGAAUUUUGAUGCACUUUUCCAACCGCAACAACACCCUGCCCGUGAUUCACAUGAUACAUUCUUUUUACGAGAACCGUCUACUACAAAGACGCUUCCGGAAGAUUAUGUUGAGAGAGUGAAGCAGAUUCACGAGUCUGGAGGUCAUGGGUCAAGAGGGUAUGGAUAUGAUUGGAAAAGAGAGGAAGCAAAUAAAAACUUAUUGAGAACCCAUACAACUGCGGUGUCCUCGAGGAUGCUGUAUGCCCUUGCAAAGAAACCUUUUGAAGCAAAAAGGUACUAUAGUAUUGAUCGGGUUUUCAGAAACGAGGCUGUUGACCGGACCCAUCUUGCAGAGUUUCACCAAAUAGAAGGUCUAAUAUGUGAUCGUGGACUAAGUCUUGGGGACCUGCAAGGCGUACUGCAUGACUUCUUCUCCCGUUUGGGAAUGUCUAAAUUGCGUUUCAAGCCUGCUUACAAUCCGUACACUGAACCAAGCAUGGAAAUAUUCGGAUAUCAUGAAGGCCUUAAGAAAUGGGUUGAAGUAGGAAAUUCCGGAAUGUUCCGACCUGAAAUGUUACUUCCUAUGGGACUUCCUGAGGACGUUACAGUUAUUGCUUGGGGCCUUUCUCUUGAACGGCCAACUAUGAUACUUUAUGGCAUCGAUAACAUUAGAGAUCUCUUUGGGCACAAGGUGGACCUCAGUCUCAUUAAGAGCAACCCGAUAUGCCGUAUUGGCUUAUAAUACAAAGAUUAGAAUGAACGUUCAAUUAAUACCCGUAUGUGUCCUCGAAUAGUGCCCAUGUUUUCAUUUUUGUAUACUACAUGAUACUAAGACAUGGGAAGGUCCAAACUGGAUCUAAACUUGCUAUGAAAUUUUUGUAUUUCAUGUUUUGUAAUACCAGUUCAAUAACAUUUAUUUUGUCAUGUCAUUCGAUUUAUUCAAGUGCAACCGCAUCCUCUGCGUUACGAGUCGAA